ACACUAGGGCCACCUCGGAGGGCCCAGGGUCCGAAACGGUUUAGCGCGAGUCCUGAGAAUCCAAUCCUCCCCCCGACGACAAAGCUCUCCCUCCCGUCCACAAUCCCUCUCUCCUCUCCCGUUCUCCUCUCCCCAAUUACAUCUCUCCCUCAGAGAAUUCAUCCUCUCAUCCUCUGAACCCCCUUUCACAAUGUUCAGAAACGCUCUGCGGUCGUCCAGCCGCUCCGUUGCGGCUGUUUCGGCCACUGGCCGCAUCGCCUCGGUCCGCGCGGCUGCUGCCGGUCCUCUCAACGGCGUUCGCUCGUACGCUUCCGAGGCCAAGGCUACCCCUACUGAGGUCUCCUCCAUCCUUGAGCAGCGCAUCCGUGGUGUCUCUGAGGAGGCUGGUCUCGCUGAGACUGGUCGUGUCCUGUCGGUCGGUGAUGGUAUCGCCCGUGUCCACGGCAUGACCAACGUCCAGGCUGAGGAGCUGGUUGAGUUCGCCUCCGGCGUUAAGGGUAUGUGCAUGAACCUCGAGGCUGGCCAGGUCGGUGUCGUGCUUUUCGGUUCCGACCGUCUCGUCAAGGAGGGUGAGACUGUCAAGCGUACCGGCGAGAUUGUCGAUGUCCCCGUCGGUCCCGAGCUUCUCGGCCGUGUCGUCGAUGGUCUCGGUAACCCCAUUGAUGGCAAGGGUCCCCUUGGCACCAAGGAGACUCGCCGUGCCCAGCUUAAGGCUCCCGGUAUUCUGCCCCGUCAGUCCGUCAGCCAGCCAGUGCAAACUGGUUUGAAGUGUGUCGACUCCAUGGUGCCCAUUGGUCGUGGUCAGCGUGAGUUGAUCAUUGGUGAUCGUCAGACCGGUAAGACCGCUGUCGCUCUCGACACCAUGCUCAACCAGAAGCGUUGGAACAACAAGUCCGGCUCUACCGAGGAGGAGAAGCUCUACUGUAUCUACGUUGCCGUUGGUCAGAAGCGUUCGACUGUCGCUCAGCUCGUCAAGACCCUUGAGGAGCAGGAUGCCAUGAAGUACUCGAUUAUCGUCGCUGCCACCGCCUCCGAGGCCGCCCCCCUGCAGUACAUUGCUCCCUUCACUGGCUGCGCCAUGGGUGAGUGGUUCCGUGACAACGGCCGUCACGCCGUCAUCGUCUACGAUGAUCUGUCCAAGCAGGCCGUUGCCUACCGUCAGAUGUCUCUGCUGCUCCGUCGUCCCCCCGGACGUGAGGCCUACCCCGGUGACGUUUUCUACCUGCACUCUCGUCUCCUCGAGCGUGCCGCCAAGAUGAACAAGACUCACGGUGCUGGUUCCUUGACUGCCCUGCCCAUCAUUGAGACCCAGGGUGGUGAUGUGUCCGCUUACAUUCCCACCAACGUCAUUUCCAUCACUGACGGUCAGAUCUUCUUGGAGUCCGAGCUGUUCUACAAGGGUAUCCGUCCCGCCAUUAACGUCGGUCUGUCCGUGUCCCGUGUCGGUUCCGCCGCCCAGGUCAAGGCCAUGAAGCAGGUCGCCGGUUCCCUCAAGCUUUUCUUGGCUCAGUACCGUGAGGUCGCUGCCUUCGCUCAGUUCGGUUCCGAUCUUGAUGCCUCCACCAAGCAGACCCUUGCCCGUGGUGAGCGUCUGACUGAGCUCCUCAAGCAGAAGCAGUACUCCCCCAUGUCCGUUACCGACAUGGUUCCUCUCAUCUUCGCCGGUGUUAACGGUCUCCUCGACACCAUCCCCGUCGACAAGAUCCUCACCUGGGAGUCUGACCUCCUUGCUCACCUCAAGAGCACCCACCCCGAGAUCCAGGCUACCAUUGAGAAGGAGGGCCAGGUCUCCAAGGAGAGUGAGGCCACCCUCAAGAAGACCAUCGCUGCCUUCAACGCCACCUUCAACGCAUAA